CUCUAGCAGGUCAGACUUAGAGCUGUCUGGAAGAAAGCCCACAGCUGUUGGAAAGUACAGGUGUGAACAAGAUGGACUCCAACAUCUCUCUUCUCAUGAAUAUGUCUGCAGGGAACCCCAUGAAUGUGUCUGCAAGGACCCAGUCAGUAUCUGCUGGUCAUAUUGCUCUGAAUGUCUUCUCAUAUUUGAUGUUUGCAGUCACCUUUGUCCUUGGCGUGCUGGGCAACGGGCUCGUGAUCUGGGUGGCCGGCUUCCGCAUAAAACGCACAGUCACCACCAUCUCUUACUUGAACUUGGCCAUUGCGGACUUCUGUUUCACCUCCACUUUGCCAUUUUUCAUUGCCUCCAAGGCCAUGGGAGGGCACUGGACAUUUGGUUGGUUUAUGUGCAAGUUCAUAUUUACCAUAGUCGACAUAAACCUGUUUGGAAGUGUCUUCCUGAUCGCCCUCAUAGCACUAGACCGCUGUAUUUGUGUCCUGCAUCCUGUCUGGGCUCAGAACCACAGAACCGUGAGCCUGGCCAAGAAAGUAAUCAUUGUACCCUGGAUUUGUGCUUUUCUCCUUACCUUGCCAGUUAUCAUUCGUGUGACCACAGUUCCUAAUAUACUUGGGUCAGGGAAAACAAUCUGUACUAUUGAUUUCUCCCCCUGGACCAAAGACCCUGUAGAGAAGAAGAAGGUGGAAGUCACCAUGCUUACUGUCAGAGGGAUCAUCAGGUUCAUCAUUGGGUUCAGCACACCCAUGUCCAUUGUAGCCAUUUGCUAUGGGCUCAUAGCCACUAAAAUGCACAGGCAAGGCCUGAUCAAAUCCAGCCGUCCCCUGCGGGUCCUUUCUUUUGUUGUGGCUGCCUUUUUCCUCUGCUGGUGCCCAUAUCAGAUAGUGGCCCUAAUAGGCACAAUCAGAGUCCGUGAACGCCAGAAUGGUAUGAGUCUAAACCUCAAAGUUGCAGUGAAUGCCACAAGCGCCUUGGCUUUCUUUAACAGCUGCCUCAACCCAAUACUCUAUGUCUUCAUGGGCCAGGACUUCAGAGAGAAACUAAUCCACUCCCUGCCAGCUAGUCUAGAAAGGGCUCUAAGCGAGGACUCAGCCCAGACCAGUGACACAGGCACCAACUUGGGCAACAACUCCUCUCUACCUUCUAAAGACAAUGUACAAGCAGUGUGAAGAGAGAGCUCCACCAUUAAGCUUUAUCUGCUUUCAGUUCCCCGGUGCUUUGUAUAGACAUUCUUUGUUGACCUAUACACUCAUUAGAAAAAAACUUGAGAUGAAUUUUUGGACUUUUAUUACCUCAACCCAAGAUAGUCAAUAAAGAGAAAAGGCAAAAGGAACAUACAUUUUCUUAUUAGUCUGAGAUACUUAUAAAUGACAGCUAGUGCUAUAGUGUUGUUACUAAUACUAUCCACCUCUUGUCCCCUUACAGGAUGUAAACCCACAAAUUCUCCUAAGUGUCCAUUUGUGGCUAAUGUGUGUAUGUUUACUUUAGAAAAUGAAGGAAGAAUGGGAAAAACUCCUAACCCUUGAACUGCACAAUUUCCUGACCCCUUGUGUUGAUAUAUUUUAAAUAAUUGAAAUAUCAUGUCACUUGCCCUCAUAAGACCAAUGUUUUCCCUCAUGGCUUUCAGUAUAGCUACAACCAAAUUAGUCCACUUUGUACAGUGUCUGGUAUCUGAGGUACCUGCUCCAAGGUGAAUGAACCCAGAAUGGUACUCCAGGUUUUAUUGUCAGCAACAGUGAAUAAUUGCCACCCAUCACACACCACCAUCCCACCAGCAUGCCCCCCACCACACACCUGGGUUUGUUGUUAUUUGAAUUAUUUUGAUCUUGACCACUCUGACUUGAGUAAGAUGAAACCUAAAAAUAGUUUCCUGCUAGAUAAGGAUUUUCAACAUUCAUUUCAAUGUUU